GUUGUUGAUUGGUUUGUAUCGGCCUGUUUAGGCGACAACCAAUAGUUUCUUUCAUCCGUUACGUACUACUACGCGAGUGCACAACGAAAAUCAAGAUCAGCGGAAGAGAAUUGAUUGGGAAGCGUUCGACAGUCAAUUCAACAUCAAACUGCAGUGUGGUUGGCUGAUGGCUGGAAAACAUGGAGAUAGCUGCGGAUGGAAGUGCAUUCAUAAAGAUGGGAGAAGAUUAUAAACUCCGGUUUGAAGACGAACAAGAAUUAGAGGAGGUUUAUCAGGAACGGGCAGAAACCGAACUGAGAGAAACUCCUGAACGAAAAGCUCAAGCUCUCAAUGAACUGAGGCAAUUAAUAAAAGAAGAAAAAAACUUGUAUCUACCUACUGAUGAAUCUACUGAACUAUAUUUAUUGGCAUUUUUAAGGACUUGUAAAUAUUAUCCAGAAAGUGCCUUCAAAAGAAUAAAAAAUUUAUACAAGUUACGCCAAAAAAAUCCAAAAUUUUGUAGUGAUCUAGUGCCUAGUUUAGAGAGGAACGUUUUUUCCCAAAACAUUAUGACGGUGUUGCCAUCGCGUGAUCAAUAUGGUAGACGGAUAUUACUAGCUGAGCUUGGAGAGAGAUGGAAAACAAAAAACUGUUCGGUGACAGAAAUUUUCCGAGGUAUCGAGCUUGUUAUGGAAGCAGCCAUAUUAGAACCAAAGACUCAAAUAUCUGGUACGGUACUUAUAGUGGACACUACCGGACUUACAAUUAACCAUGUGUGGCAAUUUACCCCUUCUUUUGCGAAACUUACAUUAGAUUGGAUACAGUACUCAAUGCCAUCAAGACUGAAAGAAGUACAUAUUGUCAACCAACCGUAUUUAUUUAACAUGAUAUUCACCAUGUUUAAACCUUUCAUGCAAGAAAAACUCAGAAAUCGAAUGUUUUUGCACGGCUAUGAUCAUUUGUCGUUAUUGAACUAUAUAGACGGCAAAUGUUUACCGACCAAAUAUGGUGGACUAAUGGCAAUAGAAACUAACCAAAGUUUAGACCUGUGGCAGCUACUUUGCCGUUACGACGAAAACUAUAAAGUUACAAGUCAAUAUGGUUACACCAAAAAGAACAAACAGACCAAAAUGUGAAAUAACUAUAACUCAUAAACAAUAUUUCUACCUAUAAAAGCAUUGUCGGUCGUACAAGUCCACUGCUAUUUAAUUUUAUUAAACAAUUUUUACCAUUUAUAUUAUUGUAGUAAUAUUUAAGUUACACGCAUACGACUACGCUUUUUUUUUUAUUAUUAGUUUUAUUCAUUAUAUACAUCAUAUUA